CGGUCUACAAUCCGGUAUCUUAAUUAACCAGAAACAAUUAAUUGCUUCCAAAAACCACCACAGAGCGCAUGCGCGCACCUCCAGCCGGAGGAGCCAGCACCACCUGGCUGCGCGUGACGUACCAGUGCGUGAAAGCAAAUCUCUUUUGGCAGCGGGGCGGCGCGAGACAAGAAGAUUAUUGAGUCCUCGUGCACAUGAGUGUCGGACCGUGGGAGAAAAAGCCCACUUCUCCCCCUGAUGAACACCGAUAAAGUGCAAUAAAGAAGGCGCACACCGAGCCUCUUUCUGGAGCUGAGGACCGGUCUGCGAAGGUGGGAACAGGUCAGGAGCAGCUGCCUUUUUUUUUUUUUUAUGUCCGACCAAGCCCCUUUUUUUACUUCAGGAAGAAAACAACAAGGAGGAGAAGAAGAAAACAUGUCCAAAAGAAACACAGCGGCUGAGCUUUUCAGAUAAACAGGCUGAGGAGGAAGAAGUGUCGGCAGAGGAAACAGGAUGGGGAUGGAUUUCAGCACUCUUCGGACUCUCAUCAGCCGAUAUUGUGUUGGUGAGGAGAACUGGGUGGACAGCAGGACAGUUUACAUCAGCCAUAAGGAGCCUCCUCCAGGAACUGAAGCUUUUAUUCAGCAAAGAUUUCCUGACAACAGAAUAGUCUCCUCCAAG